UGUUAUAUUUUAGCUCUCCCUCGUCAGAAAUGGUGCACAAAACACUAUUAAAACCCUAUAGUUGUAAAAGACCCUUCAAAUCAAAUCAAAAGAAGAAGAAAACUGUUGAUCAUGGAGGCGCGCGUGAAACUACACCACCCACAAUUCCGUUCGGUGAAGUCACGGCUUUGGGGAAGUGCGGAGAAAGCAAAGCCAUCCAGCCGUGAGGUAUCCGAGCGGGUUGACAGCUGUUAGCGGUAAAACAGAAGCACUUUUUCUUAUCAUCUGAGCUGCUUUGUACCGAGACGGCAGCUGAAAUGUCCGCGGAGGUUUUUUCCUAUGAGAGUUUAGUUCAUGCUGUGGCAGGAGCAGUGGGAAGUGUGACUGCAAUGACAGUAUUCUUCCCAUUGGAUACUGCUAGAUUACGACUCCAAGUGGAUGAAAAUAGAAAGGCCAAAUCUACACCAGCUAUUCUGGCUGAUAUUGUCAAAGAAGAAGGACUACUAGCUCCCUACAGAGGAUGGUUCCCUGUCAUCUGUAGUCUGUGCUGCUCCAACUUUGUCUACUUCUACUGCUUCCACUGGAUAAAGAAUGCCUGGCUCAAGGGCAGGCUGUCAACUCCUAGCACUGAUCUCAUUGUAGGCAUUGCUGCAGGUGUUAUAAAUGUUCUACUGACCACUCCUCUGUGGGUGGUCAACACCAGGCUGAAGCUGCAGGGAUCCAAGUUUCGCAAUGCCGAUAUCCGGCCCACAAACUACUCGGGCAUCCUGGAUGCAUUUGAGCAGAUCAUCCGUAAAGAAGGUGUUGGAGCCCUCUGGAACGGGACCUUCCCAUCCCUGCUGCUGGUGAUGAACCCCGCAAUCCAGUUCAUGAUUUACGAAGGUCUGAAGAGGCAGCUGAGGAGAGGGGUUCCCAGGGAGCUUUCGUCGCUGGAGGUCUUCAUCAUCGGAGCUGUCGCCAAAGCUGUUGCCACCACUGUUACAUACCCACUGCAAACGAUCCAGUCCGUCCUCAGGUUCGGUCAGUUCAACACACCAAAGGAAAGGUCCAAACUUCUGUCCAGUCUACAGACCAUCAAAGGUCUACUGGUAAACAGAGCAAGGUGAGGAUUCAAACGAAACAUAUUCUUCACUUUGAAAUCUAGUUGCUCUAAGUAACGCAUGUUGGAGCACAUGUAUAAACUUGCAGGGAAAUACACUGGAAGUUCUUGAGAAAAGUGAGGAAAAAAGUGGGGCAACCAGUUCAGAACGGGUUAUAG